AUGGGGAACCGUAUCGAAGGCCUUGGAGAAGUCCAAGUAGACAACGUCGACAGCUCGUCCCAUGUCAGCGAAGCAGGUCGCUUUAUCCUUCCUGAUGGAGUAAAUAUUUCCAAAGAAGCUCGGAGCGCAAUAUCUCGAGCGGCAAGUGUGUUUGUGCUGUAUGCAACGUCAUGUGCAAAUAACUUCGCCAUGAAGGGGAAGAGGAAAACGCUGAACGCUGGCGAUGUUCUCUCUGCCAUGGAGGAAAUGGAGUUUCAGCGAUUUGUAGCCCCUUUGAAAGAAUCACUGGAAGUUUACAGGCGUGAACAGAAAGGGAAGAAAGAAGCAAGGAAAGAUAAAGACAAGAAGGCAGACUCAGAGGAGCAAGAUAAGAGCCGAGAGGAAGAGAACGAUGAUGAUGACGAAAGGAUGGAGGAAGAAGAGCAAAAUGAUGAGGAAGAGGUGGACAACUGAGCUUGCUGAUGAGACAUGCGCAGGGGCUGGGGUUUGUUCAGAGGGAUAUAAAUGCUGUAA